AGAGAGGACCCUUCUGCGGGCAAAGUGAAGCCAGCUCCUCUUCUUCUUUGUGGAUUCUGGAUCUGCUCCAAAAAUGUCAGGUGGGGAGGCCUUCGUCACCCUGGCAACCACAGACUCAUACUGCAUGGGUGCCACGGUGGUUGGCAGAAGUUUACAGCGCCACAGGACGACGCGCAGCAUCGUCGUCAUGGUUACACCAAACGUUUCAGAGCAGUCGAGGCUUGCCCUCGAGCAUGUGUUUGAUGAGGUGAUCACGGUGGACGUGAUGGACAGUGAGGACCGUCUCAACCUGUCCCUGCUGGGACGUCCCGAGCUCGGUGUCACCUUCACCAAGAUCCACUGCUGGUCUCUGACCCACUACAGCAAAUGUGUCUUCCUGGAUGCUGACACGCUUGUUCUGUGUAACGUGGACGAGCUGUUCGACAGAGAUGAGCUGUCGGCGGCUCCUGAUCCCGGCUGGCCCGACUGCUUCAACUCUGGCGUGUUUGUCUUCAGCCCGUCCCUCCACACUCACAGGAGCCUCCUGGAUCAUGCCCUGCAGCACGGCAGCUUUGAUGGAGGGGACCAGGGCCUGUUGAACUCGUUCUUCAGCAGCUGGCCGGUGGAAGACAUCAAUAAACAUCUGCCGUUUGUCUACAACCUCAGUGCCAGCUCCCUCUACAGCUACCUGCCCGCUUUCCAACAGUUUGGCCACGAUGCAAAGAUCGUGCACUUCUUAGGAGCAGUGAAACCCUGGAGCUCCAGCAGCCUGAGGGGUGACAGGAACAGCUCACACCUGCAACAGUUUGUGUCUCAGUGGUGGAAGGAAUACCUCAGCUACACAACAUCAUCUGUAGCAGAGACACCACAGCAGAUCCAAGAAAGAGAAGCCGAGAUGCCAGUGAGAAAAAACUUGGACAGUUCCGAUCCACCGCUCGCGCAUCUUCCCCUGCCUUCAGAGAGGCUCCAUUCACCGCCUGAACCAGAGACAUGUUCCCACACAGGGAGCACAGCGGUGGAGGAAGAGUCCGGGACACCUGAGAGGACAGAGGUCCAGGACUCAGCUUUAGGAGCAGAGGGGCUGGAGGACAGCGCUGAGCCCUCCGACACUGACGCACAUCCUAGUGCUGCGGAGACAGAGGCAGAGCGACUGCAGCAUCGCAGGUUGUGGGAGGCCGGCCAGGCCGACUACCUGGGCAGAGACUCUUUCCAGAACAUCCAGAUGAUGCUGGACCGCUUCCUGGAUUGACUGAUCACACGCAGGAACAACUCGAACACACCCGAGGCCAGAGUUCAGUUUGACUGAUGUGUGUUUUACAGGCAGACAAAAAUACAGAUUUUUUUGUAUCAGGAUGUAUCAACAGGAUUGUUUUAUUUUUCUACAAACAACAACGUUCGAUCAAUUAAUUUGAAAUAUGAUGAAACAGGAGAAAUUCUACUCAUAUGGGCUUUGACACUGAUAUUUUGUGACACUUAGUAAAUUCAUGAAGGGUAGAAAUCAGUGUGUAGUACCUGCUGAACAUUUCUAAUACCACCCGAUUUAUCUUUCAAAUUUAUAUAGAAUAACUGUUUAAACAUAUUUAUAUAGUUAAAACAUACAUAUUUAAAGUACUCCAGGUAAACCUUUGUCAUGUCUUUAUUUUGUUAACAACCACUGAUAGGAUUUAGAUUAUGUGUUGUAGUAUCAAACAAUCAUCUUUCUUCAAACAUCAUUUGGCUUCAAUGGACCUGGAUUAAAAUUCUAAAUCGGAAU